AUGGCUAUGGGUGGCUUGAUUUCGAACCGGAACUUCGGUUCCUUCAUCGGCUCAGGCAAUGGUUUUCAGAACGAAAGAGGCAUUUUGUACCAGAGAACGGAGAUUUCCAACAGAGUCAUGCUUUAUCAGGAUCUCUGUAAUAGGAAAACAAAUGCAUUGUGCCGUAAUCAUCAAUCGCGCAAGAUUAUAUCUCUGCAAGCUAGUUUACAGCAUGAACUGAGACAUGAGAGAAGUUUUGGAUGUUUCCUUCAACCGAGAAUGGACUGUAGAAUUAGGUUUAGGAACAGUAUCAAAGAAUGUGGUAAUAGCAAGAUAAACAGAUCUCGUGCUUACUACAAAUCAGAAGAGUCCGAUAUUACUGAAGGAGUUGUAGACUCACUGCCGUCAGCCGAUGGGUCAGCUGAAGCUAUUUUGGUUGAAGGAAAUCUACAGAACGCAUCGCCAUGGUGGCAGCAGUUUCCAAGACGCUGGGUGAUUGUGCUGUUAUGCUUUGCAUCAUUUCUUCUAUGCAAUAUGGACCGUGUGAACAUGAGCAUUGCAAUUCUUCCCAUGUCACAAGAAUUUAGCUGGAACAGUGCAACAGUUGGCUUGAUUCAGUCUUCUUUCUUCUGGGGCUAUUUACUUACUCAGAUCCUGGGAGGUAUAUGGGCAGAUAAGUUUGGCGGGAAGGUGGUUUUGGGUUUUGGUGUUGUCUGGUGGUCAUUUGCCACAAUUAUGACACCUAUUGCUGCCAAACUUGGUCUCCCCUUUUUGCUUGUCGUGCGGGCGUUCAUGGGCAUUGGCGAGGGUGUUGCUAUGCCUGCUAUGAACAACUUGCUUUCUAAAUGGAUCCCUGUCUCAGAGAGAAGCAGAUCGCUUGCACUAGUCUAUAGUGGCAUGUAUCUUGGUUCUGUUACAGGAUUGGGAUUCUCUCCUAUGCUAAUCCACAAGUUCGGAUGGCCAUCUGUUUUCUAUUCGUUUGGAUCCCUUGGAAGUAUAUGGUUUCUGCUAUGGCUAAAAUAUGCCUAUAGCUCUCCUAAGGAUGACCCGGAUCUCAGUGCAGAAGAAAAGAAGAUCAUACUCGGAGGUAGCAAGCCACGGGAACCAGUUACAGUCAUUCCAUGGAAGCUGAUCCUGUCUAAACCCCCUGUCUGGGCUCUCAUAAUUUCCCACUUCUGCCAUAAUUGGGGAACAUUCAUACUUUUGACAUGGAUGCCCACAUAUUACAAUCAGGUCUUGAAGUUCAACCUCACUGAGUCUGGUCUCCUAUGCGUCUUACCAUGGCUUACCAUGGCUGUAUUUGCUAAUAUUGGAGGUUGGAUUGCUGAUACCCUCGUGAGCAGAGGUCUUUCAAUUACAUCCGUUCGGAAGAUCAUGCAAUCAAUUGGUUUUCUGGGUCCUGCCUUCUUCCUGACUCAGCUGAGCCGUGUCAAAACUCCAGCAAUGGCGGUUCUCUGCAUGGCAUGCAGUCAGGGCUCUGAUGCAUUCUCUCAGUCGGGUCUCUACUCUAAUCAUCAAGACAUUGGCCCACGCUACGCUGGUGUUCUCUUAGGACUUUCAAACACCGCAGGUGUCCUCGCUGGUGUCUUUGGCACUGCUGCUACUGGCUACAUCCUCCAACGAGGUUCAUGGGAUGAUGUGUUCAAAGUAGCAGUUGCACUGUAUCUAGUAGGAACUCUGGUCUGGAACUUGUUCGCAACCGGAGAGAAAAUUCUCGACUAG